AUACGAUUACCAUAACUUUCUUUCUAAUCUUCCAUUCUCGUAAUUGUAUAACAUUGCUUAGGUAAUGUAAAGUAUCAUUUAAUAAUAAAAUAUCACACAUUAAAUAUUGACUAUACUGGUCCAAUCAGUCCACCGCACACAUAACACAACUUUUAUAAAUUCCAUUUACAAGCCGGCCAUUAGCAUUCGUUCUAGAACGUAGCCGUAAGUGCACAACAUCUCUCUUUCAUCCUUCACAACUUUCUAGCUCCCACAAAUCUCUGGCAAAAGAUAAAAACACACCCAAGUUUAAACUGGAACUUGUCCAUAUAGCUGAUUAAUUAUCAUAUCCUCAUCCUAUAUCAUCUUCAAAUUGUGGUUCUUGACUUUUUACAAAAACGGUGGCGAGAAAAAUACAUAACUAUGGGGAAGAUCUUGAAAUCUAAGUCUUCUUGGCCGGGAACCGUUGUUAGGAAGUGGCUAAACUUACGUAGCAACGCUUACGAAUUUCACUCCGAUUACCCAGUCAAAGGGAAGAUGGAACCGACUCAGCCGAGGAGGAAAAGUUGCUCCGACGGUGAUUACUACAAGAUCGUGCCGGAAAAGUUUCCAGGUUGGCUGGGCCAAGAAAAUGGGGAUUUCAAACAAUCAACGGAUGAAGAUCAUAUGACACGUGCUGAUGACCUCAAAAUGUUCGUCGGGACAUGGAACGUGGGAGGGAAGUCACCACAUGAUGGAUUAGAGUUGAAAGAUUGGCUUAAAUCUUCCACCGAUGCCGAUAUUUACGUGCUAGGGUUUCAAGAAAUCGUGCCGCUAAAUGCUGGUAACGUACUUGGAGCAGAGGACAACGGCCCCGCGACUAAGUGGUUGUCUCUUAUCCGAGAAGCCUUGAACAACAACAACGACUUAUCACAAAAUGAUCUCGAACUUUCUAAAAAUCACAGAACCUCCUUCGAACUUACAAAAUCAUCACAACCUUCCCGUCGCAGCAUCUCUAAUUUCCCCGAUGAUAACCCAGUUGCAUGCAAUUCGACCCUUGAUCGAGGUUACUCCCUUGCAGCCAGUAAACAGAUGGUGGGGAUCUUUUUGUGUGUGUGGGUAAGAGAUGAUCUCCAGAAACGUAUUACAAACCUCAAGGUGUCAAGCGUUGGUCGUGGCAUCAUGGGAUAUCUUGGAAACAAGGGCUCGAUAUCGAUUAGCAUGUCGUUGCAUGAGACGAGUCUAUGCUUUGUUUGUACGCAUCUUACGUCCGGAGAAAGAGAAGGCGACGAGGUCAGAAGGAACUUAGAUGUAACCGAGAUAUUAAAGAGGACAAGAUUUUCGCGUUCUUCUAUAGAUUCUCAUCAACCCGAAAUGAUAAUGGACCAUGAUAAAGUUAUAUGGCUUGGAGAUUUGAAUUAUCGGUUAAGGGCCAGCAGCGACGUACAUGACCACCUUAAGAAUCAUGAUUGGGAGGCACUUCUACAGAAAGACCAGCUAAAGAUAGAACAAAAAGCUGGUAGAGUUUUUCAGGGAUGGGAAGAAGGGAAGAUUUAUUUCGCACCAACAUAUAAAUAUCACAUAAACUCAGAUAAUUAUGUCGCCCAAACCGAAAAAUCAAAAGAAAAGCGUCGAACACCAGCUUGGUGUGACCGAAUAUUGUGGAAAGGUGACGGGAUGAAACAGAUUUGGUAUACGAGAGGAGAGUCGAGAUUCUCGGACCACAGACCGGUUCAAUCUCUAUUUUCGGUUUACAUUGAUUCAACUCAGAAUCAAUCAAACCGGAAAAGUAAACCGAACAACCAAAACCAUCGUCCCAACCCGGUGUUGCCUUACACAUGCCACGGGAAAGUCCAGGCUGAAGAGAUCUUGUUGCUCACACGAGCACAAAGUUGUAUAGACACACAACCUAGACUUAUAUCGUCUGCUUCCUGAUUUAUUAGUUACUUUUUGGAUGUUUUCAUGUUGGCAAAGAAGAGAUGACACAUGGAUUCCUAGGAUUGGACAAUGGAGCUUUCUUAUUGGCAAAAGCAGGAUUGUUAAAUAUUUUUUUUAAUAUUGGGUUAACUUUGUUUUCUUGGUUCCCUAUAUUAGCUAAAUUUUGGAAGAAAUGAUAGUUUUUUGUUUUUGGAA